GCCGGCCUCGGAUUGGUGGAGCCUCGGUGGCCCCGCCCCGCGUGCCGGAAGCUCUGUCCCGGCGCCGACGUCUCCGGAGAUUCCCGGGCGUGUGCGCUUCUCGGCUUCCUCAUCUGGAAGAUGGAGAUAAGCCACAUACCUGACUUGGGGUCAUCGCAAGGAUGGAGAUGACAUAAAUGUGUGUGGCACGUACAGUUCAAUAAAUGUACAUUGCCUUCUGCUGUUAAGAGCUGUAAAGAUGUCUGACAAGAACCAGAUAGCUGCCAGCGCCUCCCUUAUUGAGCAACUGCUGUCUAAAAGGAAUUUUGAGGAUCUUGGCAACCACCUUACUGACCUGGAGACUCUGUGUGUGACGAAAGAAGAUCUCCAGGAGACCAUUGUGGUCAGGGCUGUGUACAGAGUCCUCAAACACUGCCCCUCGGUGGCUUUGAAAAAGAAAGCCAAGCACUUGCUGUCAGAAUGGAAAGCUCUUUAUAAAAAGGAUCUCCACUUCAAACCGAGGGACAAAUCUUUCCCUACGGGUAGAAAUGAAGAAAACUCAAGACUUUCUCAUGACCCAAGUCAGGAUGAGCUAUCAGGCGGCUCCAGCUCUAAUUCUUCAUCCCACAGUGUUGCAGAAGCCUUUGAAAUGAUUGUGCCUGAAAAUAGCACAAGUCAGACGGAACCUAAGGAGGAGCAUUUCAGGAGUGGUGACCCUAAAUCCACUGCCCAGAGAUCCAGUGAGUUGCUGGAUCCCAUGGUACCUGUGAGAGCUAAAUGCACAGAGCUUCUUUAUGAAGCUUUAACUAGUCCUUUCACAGAGCAGCCCAAAGCUGAUUUGUGGCGAAACUUUGCAAGAGAAAUUGAAGAGCACAUUUUUACCCUUCAUUCCAAGAACCUCAAAAAAUACAAAACUUGUGUGAGAAGCAAAGUUGCCAAUCUGAGGAACCCCAAAAAUUCUCACUUACAACAAAACCUGCUCUCUGGGACCAUGUCUCCGAGAGAAUUUGCCAAGAUGACUGUGAUGGAAAUGGCAAACAAGGAACUGAAGCAGUUGAGAGCCUCCUACACGGAAUCUUGCAUACAGGAGCAUCACCUUCCCCAAGCGAUCGAGGGCACACACACAAGAAAAAUAAAAUGCAGACGCUGUGAGAAGUUCAAUUGCAAGGUCACCGUAAUCGCCAGAGGCACACUUUUCCUUCCAAGUUGGGUACGGAAUUCAAAUCCAGAUGAGGAGAUGAUGACCUAUGUGAUCUGUAAUGAAUGUGGGGAGCAGUGGUACCAUAGCAAGUGGGUGUGCUUAUAAUUGUAAAUAAAUGUUCUCUUAACCAAGAA